ACUGCCAAAUGGUCGAUAACGGUAGGUGCAGAUAGAAUCAUGGAGAGAAACGAAGCAGAUGAAAGAGCUCCUUUGAUUCAAAAUGAGCGUAACAGUUCUGCUUCGUCCUACACUGGGGAUGUACAAGACUCAGAUGUUACACAAGUUACUAUCUCACCAAUUGGACCAGAUGAACUGCCACCACCAUACACUCCUUCUCCUCAUGGUGGUGUGCCUAUGGUAACAUGCCGUGUCUGCAAGUCCAUGAUUGACAUAACUGGAAAAAAAGAACAACAUGUAGUCAAAUGUAACAACUGCAAUGAGGCUACUCCAAUUAAGAAUGCUCCACCAGGAAAGAAGUAUGUGCGUUGUCCCUGCAACUGUUUAUUGAUAUGUAAAGCUACUUCCCAGAGAAUUGCAUGCCCUCGACCUAAUUGUAAAAGGAUUAUCAAUUUGGCCCAGAGCCCGAUUACCCCACCACCAUCACAUGUUCCUGGAAUGUGUCGAAUAUCAUGUGGACAUUGUCAGAGGAUCUUUUUGUUCAAUACCCUUAACAAUGCAUUGGCACGUUGCCCUCAUUGUAGAAAAGUUUCAACUGCUGGCUCCGAAUUUGCUCGUCGACGAGGCUUUAUCUGUUUACUGUUAGCAAUGAUGUUUUUGGUUAUUUCUCUAGGAGUAACGGUUGGGACUUAUAAAAUAGCUCAAAGGUCUGGAGGAAUGUAUGUUUUAUAUGUUGGUUGUUUUCUGGUUUUUGCCAUUUUCUUUAUUCGAUCCAUUUAUUAUUUUUCAAUGAGGAUAAGCACAGUUGAAGGUAUGGCCUAAGUGAGAUUAAAAUAUCAGGCUUGUAAUGAUGCUACUUAAGUGCCGUUUCACCAUUGCUUGACAGUUAUUUCCAUAACUGUGAUUUAUCUUUGUAAUAGUAGAACACAUUAAGAAUGGUGUUUAAAGAGACUUAUUUUUCCAGAUUGCAUAGAAUAAAUAGUAGUAUGAAAAUCAUUAUAUGUAUAUCUAAGAUACUUGCAUUUUCUUUGGAUCUAAUAAUUUUGCAUUUCUAUAACAUUUGUACAAUCAUACAUGUUUGUGAAAGUUUUUUUUUCUUUGUAGACCUUCCAAACUGAUAGUUUUUUAAAAUAAUUUUUAAAUUUAUUGAUUUUUUUCUUAUUCACUAAUAGAUUAUUUUAUUUUCCUAAUCUGAAUUGUGUUCUUAACCUUUUUGGAUCGGAUUUACCUUGAUCCGUUGUUGGUUGCUUUUGAAAUUAGGGUCAUGGAAAAGUUAUAAUUGUGCUUAAGAUGCAUAUAAUACGGUUCCUGAUGUAUUCAAACUUUAUUUUUGGCUGAAUGUAUGUAUAUAGAUAUUAGUCAUUACACAACUGUAUCAAAUCAACUUUUCAAGUUUGCCACUCAAUUUUGAAGACUUUCAAAAUGUUAUUCUCAGUUUUUGCAUCUUUUUAAUGACGAAUAAAUUAUAAAACUAUUCAUGCUAACUAUCAUAAAAAAUCAGCUACUAUAAAAUGACUUUGGGUACCAAAUCAACAGGUAUUAAAAAACUGUCAUCAUGUUAUUUUUAUUUGUACUAGGUUCAUCAAACACUGACAAAAGAUUUUUUUAUUUUCUUUUAUUGAUUAUUAUAUAUUCUCCCUACAAUAUAAAAAAUCUGACCUGUAAUCAGAAAAUGGUUUGAAUGAACAGAUCGUAGAAACAGUUCCCAAUUGUGUUAUACUUCUGCUUCUGUUAUUUUUUCUUUUUUUUUCAUUUGUAAUUUUUUUUUUUUUUUUUUGAGUUUCUCAUUUUCUGCCUGUAUUUUUCGAAACAUGGUGUUAAUAAUACAUUUUUAUAUUGUGCUUAAAUAUAAGGUGGAUUUAUGAGGUUCUUGGUUUCAAAAUAAGGUGUAUUUGGUUAUUAGUUACUACCAUAAGUUUUGUAUCUCACAACAAAUAUAUUUUUGAUCCUAUUUUCAAAUUAAGAUUGAGAUUAGUCUUACAUCAGCCCUAGUCAAAAUGCUUGGAGUGUUUUCUGAAUAUUUGUUUAUAGAGAGAUCUUGUGUUAGAGAAAAUUGCUAUCUAACUUGGUUUAGCAUUACAUAAGUAGACAAAAGCUUUUUCUAUUCUGUGGUAGUGGUGACAUUGACAUUUAAAGACCUAGUUUAAAAACUUAGUAAAUAUAUAGAAAAAGAUCUCCCUGGAUCUAUUUCUUAAAAGUUAAAUAAAUGCAUUGUAAACUUUUUGGUACUAUAGAUGUAAUGUCUUUAUGUAAUAUUGGGGGCUAAAAUUAAUGUUAUCUAUGAAUUAAACUAUUUUAUUCUAUUCUAUUGAAUUGUAUGUACAUUUUACUAUAACAUAAAAAUUUACUGCUGAAACGUCACAGGUUUGGCAUACAUGUGAUUCUGAUGUAAAAUUAACUUUGUAGAUAGUUGAUAUAAUUUAUGGUUCAAAUUGUGUUUCUUUCAUAUAUAAGUAGUUAAUGUAAAACUUACAAUUUUUGAUGUGCAAAAAACAAAUAAUUGAAGGUAACUAAAUCUGAAUUCAUAAAAUAAAGCACACAUAUAAAAUAAUUCUUCUAGUCAUCAAUUUUUAGUGCAAUCUUAAAAGAAAAUUGUUUUGAAUAUUUAGUUAUUGAAAAAAGGUCAUUUUAGGCUAAGUUCAGGUGUAUAACAUAGCCAAAUGUUUUGCAUCCUACUCUCUAUUACCCAUACUUCCUGUUGGAUUUCCAGUUAAAAGAAUAAUAUAGGUUGGAAAAGGUGAACAUUUAAUAAAACAAACUUUUGAGAUUUGAGAGCUAUAGCAAUGAAACUGUAAACUGUUGGUUUCAGUUAUCGUAAAUACUCUCAUUCUGCCAGUAAAAAUAGAUGCAUUUGUUUAUUUUAAAAAAUGUUUUGCAAUAUGAAAUGCUAUAGCUUUUACUUUAUUCAAAAGUAGCUUGAUUUUUUUCUACAAUUAUGGAAUAUGAAAAAUUGACAGGCAGCUCUGCUAGUUCAUAAGUAUGACAACAUAAGAUGAUUAAAAUAUACAGUUAUAUCUCUAUGAAUGGGUAUAUGGAUAUGUAUAGGUUUCAUUGUGUUGUUGUUUUUACAUUAUAUGUACACUUGGACUUGGAUGAAUAUAGAGGUUUGGUAGUUUUUUACUAUGCUUAAAUCUUUGUAAUUUUGCUAGAAGUAAAAAGUUAAUAGUGAAACUUUACGUUCUAAAAUUUAAAAAAACUUUAGUACACUGUAAUAUUACUUCUUUCUAAUUAUUGAUGUAGUGUUUUGAGAAGAAAUGUUACUGUUUAUGUUUCUAAAAAUCUAAUGAUAUGAAUGUUCAUUGAUUUGCUUUUAGCUUAAAUAUAUCUGGCUUGAAUUUCCAUUGGUUUAAGUAUGAAAAAUGUGUUUUUGGGUAGCACAGAUAGUAAUAACCUAUGUAAGCAUAAUCAUUAUAGAAACUCUAGUUUUAAAAAAGUAACUGAAUUAACAUGUGCUUUUCUACAGUGCAGAAAUGGUUGUGUUGUGGUGUUUGCCACCAGCUUUAUUGCCAUUUAAGUUUUACUAAGUUAUUAAAACAAAUAUAUUAACAAAUCUGCAUCUGUAUUUUGCAUAAUGUUUGUACUUACAAUUAUAAUAAAUUUUUUGGAGCUUAUAAUUAUAAAAAUAUAAAUAUCUUCAAGGGGGGAAAAAGAUAAAUA